AUAUCAUAAUGUUACCUCUGUGCCAUUAACCUCGUGAUCCUCUCCCUGGCUCCACGCUGCUAUUUUGCGGUUCCAUUAGGACGUUGGCAGCCUCUCCCAGGCUUUGCACGAACCAUGCGGACGAGAGAGUGGCUUCUUCACCUGCUCCUGCUCCAGCAGAGCGCUUCCCAUGUCCUGCACUGGACAUACAGAGAAGGGGAGCUGGAUGAAGCCCAUUGGGGAAACCACUUUGUGGACUGCCUGGGAGAGCGCCAGUCUCCUAUCAAUAUCCAGAGGACGCAUGCCAAAUACAACCUGCAACUGGUGCCACUGGAGUUUGUGGGUUACGGUGGGCCCUUACAAGGAAGUUUCACAAUCACCAACAAUGGGCAUUCAGUACAGAUAGACCUACCUCCAACCAUGACCAUCACCAGCGGGCUUCCUGGGACCUACAGAGCUGUCCAAUUCCAUUUUCAUUGGGGAGGACUAGACCUUGAGGCCAGUGGUUCUGAACAUACGAUCGAUGGGAUACGAUACAUUGCUGAACUGCACAUCGUCCACUACAAUUCAGAUAAGUAUUCAAGUUUUGAUGAAGCGAAGGAUAAGCCUGACGGAUUGGCAGUCCUGGCUUUUCUAUAUGAGGCUGGGGACUUAGAAAAUACUUACUACAGUGAUUUCAUUGCCAGCUUGGCCAGAAUCAAGUAUGCAGGGCAGUCCAGCGUGCUCCACACCCUCAACAUACUGUCCCUGUUGCCUGAAAACCGUGCAAAUUACUACAGAUACUCAGGCUCCCUCACCACACCGCCCUGUUCAGAGACUGUGAUCUGGACUGUAUUUGACUCACCCAUCAAGUUAUCCCACACACAGAUUGGGAUACUGGAGAAUUCUUUACUUGACUGGAAGAACAACACCCUGAGGAACGAUUACCGCCGCGCCCAGCCCCUCAACGGCAGGGUGGUUGAAUCGUCUUUCCGCGUCAACCUUGCAGAAGGGUUUUGCCAACCGGAAUCCUUCACUUUGAAACUGGAUGAAAUACGGGCCCAUCUUCAGGAACUAAAGCAGCAUCUUGUGGAUGUCCUAGGGAAGCCUGGUAGCCGUUCAAGCCCAUUCCAGGCCUUUUACUUCCCCGGUGAGAACGUCGGCAGCUAUGUUGAAGUCCGGCCCCUGCUGGAGAUGAAUUUAAAUGCCUUCACGCUUUGCUUCUGGUCCCAGAACCAUAACCAAGGGACCCAAACAGUGCUCCACUAUUCCACCCAGGACAGGGACAAAGAAUUGGUGGCUACAGUGGGCUCAACUGUGGGUGUGUGGAUUGGCGGUCAAUCCUUGCAAUUUCCCUUGCAUCGUGAAACUACGGAGUGGGUCCAUAACUGCAUUACGUGGAACUCUCACACGGGGAUUGUAAAUCUGUUGGUCAACGGAGCAGAAGGCACAGGCAAGAAUAUUGAAAAAGGAUACGUCAUCCAAAAGGGUGGGACAGUCAUCCUUGGGAAGGAGAAGAACAUGCUGCUGGACGCUUUCUCUAAUGGCUUUUCUGGUUGGCUGAGCCACCUCAACCUCUGGAAUCGUGUCCUUGACCACUCAGACGUCCAGAAGCUCACUGUCUGCAAGAACGGAGAUGCAAAGGGGAACGUCAUCGCUUGGGGGGAGACGCCCAUGACUUUGUACGGUGGAGUGGUUUUGGAUGCCGACAACAAUUGCAAAUGAUGUGCAUUUUUUAAAAAAACAGCAGCCUCAGAAAUUGGUGCUGGGGAAUGCACCGACUCGUACAAAUGUAGUAUUCGGGGGUUUUCUGCAUGCUGUUCUGCACGCUUUCCCUUCUACUCUGAAUUUUUGUAUUUUGGCUGGUUGAAACAUUUUGUGUCAGAGCUUUGAGUAAGAUUACACAAACCUUUUAUGACAGGGAAAUCUCACUGCAGGGAGACAAUGCCUUGCAACUUUCUGGUGUCUAUGGGCAUGUGGUAGAACAGAUACAUAUAGGCAAGCAUGGGAGGGCAGGGAGGGGAGAAGACGUUAAUCAAAGAGAAGACAACUGUGCGGACGUGUCUCCGUUUUGUAUUUCUAAGAACACAUUAAAGAUUUAAUUACAGGGACAUCUCACAA